UUUCCGGGAUGUUUUCCGUGCUGACCAGCCUCCACCGCCAUUGCAGGUCCAGGGAGUCGGUGUAGUGGCAGGCAGGCGUUAGCCAGGGGAAGACCGCAAGUAAACAGUAAAGGGACGGAUUAAAAAGAAAAAAGCACCAGCACACCGACAACACGUUUCAAAGAAGGCAGAGUUAAUUUACAAUUGGACUUUAGACUAGAGGCUCCCUGGCUGUCCGGCUAGUCGUAGUUUGUUAGCAUUAGAAGAAACCGGAGGAGAGUGAGAGAGGAACCGCCAUGGCUCAGAUCCUGCCCAUUCGCUUUCAGGAGCACCUGCAGCUCCAGAACUUGGGGAUCAAUCCGGCCAACAUCGGCUUCAGCACCCUCACCAUGGAGUCGGACAAGUUCAUUUGUAUCCGAGAGAAGGUGGGCGAGCAGACUCGUGUGAUCAUUGAUUUGGCCGACCCAACACCGAUCCGCAGGCCGAUCUCAGCCGACAGCAUCAUGAAUCCAGCCAGCAAAGUCAUUGCACUUAAAGACGCCGCCAAAACCCUUCAGAUCUUUAACAUUGAGAUGAAGAGCAAGAUGAAGGCACACACCAUGACAGACGACGUUACCUUCUGGAAGUGGAUCUCCCUUAACACAGUUGCGCUUGUGACUGACACUGCUGUCUACCACUGGAGCAUGGAGGGUGACUCACAGCCGGUGAAAGUUUUUGACCGCCACUCCAGCCUGGCAGGUUGCCAGAUCAUCAACUACCGCACCGACGCCAAGCAGAAGUGGCUCCUGCUCAUUGGUAUUUCAGCUCAGCAAAACCGUGUGGUGGGAGCCAUGCAGCUGUACUCGGUGGACAGAAAAGUGUCGCAGCCCAUUGAAGGUCACGCUGCCAGCUUCGCCCAGUUCAAGAUGGAAGGGAACGCAGAGGAGUCGACUCUUUUCUGCUUUGCUGUCAGAGGCCAGGCUGGAGGCAAGUUGCACAUCAUUGAAGUUGGGACUCCGCCAACUGGUAAUCAGCCAUUUCCAAAGAAAGCAGUGGAUGUCUUCUUCCCUCCCGAAGCCCAGAAUGACUUCCCUGUGGCUAUGCAGAUAAGCUCCAAGCAUGAUGUUGUUUUCCUGAUCACCAAAUACGGCUACAUCCAUCUGUAUGACUUGGAGACUGGCACCUGCAUCUACAUGAACCGCAUCAGCGGGGAGACCAUCUUUGUGACCGCUCCACAUGAGGCCACCUCUGGCAUCAUCGGCGUCAACAGGAAGGGACAGGUGCUGUCGGUCUGCGUGGAAGAGGAGAACAUCAUUCCUUACAUCACCAACGUGCUGCAGAAUCCAGACCUGGCUCUCCGCCUAGCCGUCCGCAACAACCUCGCUGGAGGGGAAGAGCUCUUUGCACGCAAGUUCAACAACCUGUUUACUGCUGGAAACUACUCUGAGGCCGCCAAGGUUGCUGCCAAUGCACCAAAGGGUAUCCUGCGCACUCCAGACACCAUCCGGCGCUUCCAAGGAGUUCCCAACCAGCCGGGCCAGACCUCCCCCUUGCUGCAGUACUUCGGCAUCCUGUUGGACCAGGGCCAGCUCAACAAGUUUGAGUCUCUGGAGCUCUGCAGGCCUGUCCUCCAGCAGGGGCGAAAGCAGCUCCUGGAGAAGUGGCUCAAGGAAGACAAGCUGGAGUGCUCUGAAGAGCUGGGUGACCUGGUGAAGGCAGUGGACCCCACUCUGGCUCUCAGUGUUUACCUGAGGGCCAACGUCCCCAACAAGGUCAUUCAGUGCUUUGCAGAAACUGGCCAGUUCCCUAAGAUCGUCCUGUACGCCAAGAAGGUGGGCUACACUCCAGACUGGAUCUUCCUGUUGAGGAACGUGAUGCGGAUCAACCCAGAGCAAGGCCUCCAGUUUGCUCAAAUGCUGGUCCAGGAUGAAGAGCCGCUGGCUGACAUCACUCAGAUCGUGGAUGUCUUUAUGGAGUAUAACCUGAUCCAGCAGUGCACGUCUUUCCUCCUGGAUGCCCUGAAGAACAACAGGCCGUCUGAAGGUCCGCUGCAGACUCGCCUGCUGGAGAUGAACCUCAUGCACGCCCCGCAGGUUGCUGAUGCUAUUCUGGGAAACCAGAUGUUCACCAACUACGAUCGGGCACACAUCGCCCAGCUGUGUGAGAAGGCCGGGCUCCUGCAGAGGGCACUGGAACACUACACCGACCUGUAUGACAUCAAGCGUGCCGUGGUGCACACCCAUCUGCUCAACCCAGAGUGGCUGGUGAACUUCUUUGGCUCUCUGUCAGUGGAGGACUCUCUGGAGUGUCUGAGAGCCAUGCUCUCAGCCAACAUCCGCCAGAAUCUGCAGAUCUGUGUCCAGGUGGCGUCCAAGUACCACGAACAGCUCACCACACAGGCUCUCAUUGAACUCUUUGAGUCCUUCAAGAGCUUCGAAGGUUUGUUUUACUUCCUGGGGUCCAUUGUGAACUUCAGCCAGGACCCCGAAGUUCACUUCAAAUACAUCCAGGCUGCUUGCAAGACGGGCCAGAUCAAAGAGGUGGAGAGGAUCUGCAGAGAGAGCAACUGCUACGACCCCGAGCGUGUCAAGAACUUCCUCAAGGAAGCCAAACUCACAGAUCAGCUGCCGCUUAUCAUCGUCUGCGAUCGCUUCGACUUUGUCCACGACCUGGUCCUCUACCUGUACCGCAACAACCUGCAGAAGUACAUCGAAAUCUACGUGCAGAAAGUGAACCCCAGCCGUCUGCCGGUUGUGGUCGGCGGCCUGCUGGAUGUGGACUGCUCUGAGGACGUCAUUAAGAGCCUGAUCCUGGUCGUCAGGGGGCAGUUCUCCACCGAUGAGCUGGUUGCUGAGGUGGAGAAGAGGAACAGACUGAAGCUGCUGCUGCCCUGGCUCGAGUCUCGUAUCCACGAAGGCUGCGAAGAGCCGGCUACCCAUAAUGCUCUGGCCAAGAUCUACAUUGACAGCAACAACAACCCCGAACGCUUCCUGAGAGAAAACCCAUACUACGACAGCCGCGUGGUGGGAAAGUACUGCGAGAAGAGAGACCCUCAUCUGGCCUGCGUGGCUUACGAGAGGGGACAGUGUGACCAGGAGCUGAUUAACGUCUGCAAUGAGAACUCCCUCUUCAAGAGCUUGUCUCGCUACCUGGUCCGUCGCAGAGACCCUGACCUGUGGGGCAGCGUGCUGCUGGAGAGUAACCCCUACAGACGACCACUCAUCGACCAGGUGGUGCAGACGGCGCUGUCAGAAACCCAGGAUCCAGAGGAGGUGUCUGUCACCGUGAAGGCUUUCAUGACUGCCGACUUGCCCAACGAGCUCAUUGAGCUUCUGGAAAAGAUCGUGUUGGACAACUCCGUCUUCAGCGAGCACAGAAAUCUGCAGAACCUGCUGAUCCUGACGGCGAUCAAAGCGGACCGCACUCGUGUGAUGGAGUACAUCAGCAGGCUGGAUAACUAUGACGCUCCCGACAUCGCAAACAUCGCCAUCAGCAAUGAGCUCUUCGAGGAAGCCUUCGCCAUCUUCAAGAAGUUUGACGUCAACACCUCUGCUGUGCAGGUGCUGAUCGAGCACAUUGGAAACCUGGACCGGGCGUACGAGUUUGCAGAACGCUGCAAUGAGCCUGCUGUGUGGAGCCAACUGGCCAAGGCUCAGCUGCAGAAGGAGCUGGUUAAGGAGGCCAUCGACUCCUACAUUAAGGCUGACGACCCCUCUGCCUACAUGGAGGUGGUUCAGGCGGCUGAUAAGAGCGGAAACUGGGAGGACCUGGUGAAAUUCCUUCAGAUGGCUCGUAAGAAGGCCCGCGAGUCGUAUGUUGAGACUGAGCUGAUCUUCGCUUUGGCCAAAACCAACCGCCUGGCUGAACUGGAAGAGUUUAUCAACGGACCCAAUAACGCUCACAUCCAGCAGGUCGGUGACCGCUGCUACGAUGAGAAGAUGUACGAGGCAGCUAAACUGCUCUACAACAACGUCUCCAACUUCGGCCGCCUGGCCUCCACUCUGGUGCACCUCGGGGAGUACCAGGCUGCCGUGGACGGGGCCCGCAAGGCGAACAGCACCCGCACGUGGAAGGAGGUGUGCUUCGCCUGUGUGGACGGGAAGGAGUUCAGACUGGCCCAGAUGUGCGGUCUCCACAUCGUGGUGCAUGCUGAUGAGCUCGAGGAGCUGAUCAACUACUACCAGGACCGCGGCUACUUCGAGGAGUUGAUCACCAUGCUGGAGGCCGCCCUGGGCCUGGAGCGCGCUCACAUGGGGAUGUUCACGGAGCUGGCCAUUCUCUACUCCAAGUUCAAGCCACAGAAGAUGAGGGAGCAUCUGGAGCUCUUCUGGUCCAGAGUGAACAUCCCCAAGGUUCUGAGAGCAGCCGAGCAGGCCCACCUGUGGGCCGAGCUGGUGUUCCUCUACGACAAGUACGAGGAGUACGACAACGCCAUCAUCACCAUGAUGAACCACCCAACGGACGCCUGGAAGGAGGGCCAGUUCAAAGAUAUCAUCACCAAGGUGGCCAAUGUGGAGCUGUACUACAAAGCCAUCCAGUUCUAUCUGGAGUUCAAGCCCUUGUUACUGAAUGAUUUACUCAUCGUGCUUUCUCCCAGACUGGACCACUCACGUGCCGUCAACUUCUUCAGCAAGGUUAAGCAGCUGCCUCUGGUCAAACCUUAUCUCCGGUCAGUACAGAAUCACAACAACAAAUCAGUCAAUGAAGCACUUAACAACCUCUUCAUCACAGAGGAGGACUAUCAGGCACUGAGGACAUCAAUAGAUGCCUACGACAACUUUGACAACAUCUCGCUGGCCCAGCGCAUGGAGAAACACGAGCUGAUCGAGUUCAGGAGAAUCGCUGCCUACCUCUUCAAGGGGAACAACCGCUGGAAGCAGAGUGUGGAGCUCUGCAAGAAGGACAAGCUCUACAAGGACGCCAUGCAGUACGCGUCUGAGUCCAAAGACACGGAGCUGGCAGAGGAGCUGCUGUCCUGGUUCCUGCAGGAGAACAAGAAGGAGUGCUUCGCCGCCUGCCUCUUCACCUGCUACGACCUGCUGCGGCCCGACGUGGUGCUGGAGACCGCCUGGAGGCACAACAUCAUGGACUUCUCCAUGCCAUACUUCAUUCAGGUCAUGCGGGAGUACCUCAGCAAGGUAGACAAACUAGAAACCUCAGAGUCUCUAAGGAAAGAGGAGGAGCAGGCGACAGAGACGCAACCCAUCGUCUAUGGAGCCCCCCAGCUGAUGCUGACGGCGGGCCCCAGCGUACCGGUGCCCCCUCAGCAGGCCUACGGCUACGGCUACCAGGCGCCCGCAGGCUACACUCAGCCGGCAGCUCAGCCAGGCUUCGGCUACGGCAUGUAAAGACCCCCGACUCCUCCCACCCCCCUCCGCUCCACAUCCAGGGUGGAGACCCCAUCCAUCCACCUCCCAAAGUCCUUCACCAGACCUCUAUGGUCUCUCUGCCCUCUACAGGGAGCAGAGGGUAAUACAGACAAACCUUUUCUCUUUUCUUUCUUUUUCUUUUUUUUUUUUACUUUCCCCUUUUUAAACUGUCAUGAAGGACUCAGUUUUAUUUCUGUUUUCAAAGAAAAGCGUUUGAAUCACAAAGAUUAAUUUUCUCACAUUCCGUAUUGACUAGAUUAAUUUUUUUUUCUUAUGUCUAUUUUAUUUGAAUGGGAAAUGGUUUAUGUACAAUGGGGGGCUUGCGGGAAGAGCUAGUCCUCUUCUCAGUCUAAAGAAAAAAAUGGUCUGUUGUGAAGCAUCUGAUUUGCACUCUGUAGUGAGAAGAAAAAAAUGUAGAACCUCUUCCUUUUGAUGUGUGUGAGCAGCUUCUUCUGUCCGACUGUAAAAUGCAUUUAAUUAUUGUAUAUUCAGACACACACUCAGAGAAAAGAAAAAAAAAAAGAGAGAGAGAGAGAGAGACCGCUACGAUGUUCUUCUAUAUUUGAACAUGAAACUGCCGCUUCACGACCACAAUCCUGAAACACUACGUCGUUCCAGUCACGUCCUCACGCUCUCACUUCAGGGCUGCUCCUCCAAGAGAAAUCCUCAGCCGAUUUCCAGGGAAAGCUGGACUCCCUCCAGCGAAGCCUAUGCAGAACUCCGAACUCGGUCGACUCGUUGCUUUCCGUAGCCGCUCUGCCGUGGGACCAUUCCGCCUCCGGAGGGACCACACACAUCUGUCCGCGCUCCACUAACCACGCUCCCUCCUUCCCAGCCGUGCUUUUGUUUUCACAUCAGCUCACUGUUACUGAGUGUGCAGGAGGGACCUCUCCAGCUCCCCUUCUCCUCGCGUCCUGUCGAGGGUCGUCUUUAAAACUCCUCGGUUUCACUCGCUCAUCCGAACAGAAACGGCGUCACGGCUCUCGUGGUGAUUUUGAAGUUUUUAUCAAAGGCUUGCGUGUAUCCAGGAAAAUCAAUCAUUAACUCCUUUGAACUUAUAUUCUUAUCUAAAUUACCUUAGAUUGAAAUUGUGCACUUAAAAUACUUGAUUGUGCAUAAUCAGGAUCAUAAUGAAUGAAACAGCGGUUUUGUUUUCCACUUAAAAAAA